AAAUGUUUUAAGCGGCUCUUCCUCCAUCCAUCUCUUGCAGUAGGAGAACAGAGAUCAGUUUUCUAAAAAGAGCAGGAUGAAGUUACUAGGUUGGAUGCAUCGAAAAUUUCGCCAAAAUAACAAUGAACUAUUGAAGGAUUUUUCUGUUGGGCAGCCAUCACUAGAUGACCAUCAAUUCUACCCAAAGCCCGCAAAACCGUUCAGACAACCUCAGAGAGACAGCCGUCGAAGAUCUUUUGCAGGUGUAGAGGCAACACAAGUAGAAGAAGACGACUAUGAAGAACCGUCAGCAGCAAUAUCUGACCUAUUCCAUGGCUUCCUAGCCAUUGGCACCCUUGGUUCAGACCCUAAUAUCACCGACCCAUCAACACCAACCUUUGCCAUCUCUGUUGACAACAUAACUGAAAAAGAAACUGAAAUAACAGAGAAUGAGUUGAAGCUCAUUAAUGAUGAGUUGGAGAAAGUUCUGGGAGCUGAGGCAAAAGAAGACGGUUACAACGACUCAUCUAGGAGAAACAGCCAUGUUAGCACUGGAAGAAGCAGCCAUGGCAGCACCAUUACACUUAGUGGAAAGCCACUUGAAGGUCCAGAUACCAAUGUGAAUGGAACUACAGUCUGUCCACUCCAAGGAUAUCUUUUUGGGUCAGCAAUUGAAUUGUCAGAAACAACUACCGUGGCAAAAAAGGAACACAGGACAACAUUGGGAGAGCUGUUCCAGAGGACUAAAACAGCAGAAGAAAAUUCUGGAGGAAAAUGUGAGAAAGAUGACAAGAGAACCGAGAAGGAAGCUGACAAAUCUGCUGUUCAUAUCAUGAAGAAAAUGUUGAAGAAAAAAAUGCUCCAUGCUUCUAGGAGCUCUGCUGCAGCUGCUGGUGGAAAUAUUGAUUCUACUUCUGCAGAAACAAAACUCCACAAGAUCUUACAGAUUUUCCACAGAAAAGUUCAUCCUGAAAGCUCAACAGUCAGUCAGAAGUGUGACAAGCACCAAAAAUAUGAGAACAAGAAGAACAACUGGUAUGAUGGACACAACAAUGGAGGUCAGAUGCUUGCAGACAAGGAUAUAAUGGUAUAUCCUCAGAGAGCCUUUUCAAAAGAUAACAUACCGUCCUACAAGAGUCAAUCUGACCCACCUCAAGUCAUGCUUGGCUGCAAUGAUUCAAGUGGGAACAGGGAGUAUUGGAUUAAAACAGAUGCAGAUUACCUGGUACUGGAGCUUUAAGAGGCAGAAUCAGCAUUCAAGCAUGGGUUUUCGACUUCUGAUCAUCAUCCAUGAUCACUACAAAAUUAUGAUUUUGUCAUGUUUUUAAGGAAUGUCUUAUUAGUGAUUGCUGUUACUGUUAUGAGUGUGGCUAUGUUACAGAGACCUUGCAUAAAUAAGGAGGCUGCUA